AUGGCCUGGGGCCGCAGCCAGAACCUCUCCACGCAGGCGCCGUUCAUCUUACUGGGCUUACCGGGGCCGCAGGGUCUGCGCGCGGGGCUCUUCCUGCUCUUCCUGGUCACGUAUGUGCUCACGGUGGCCGGGAACCUGGCCAUCAUCUCCCUGAUCGGCGCUCACCGGCGCCUCCAGACGCCCAUGUACUUCUUGCUCUGCAACCUCUCCUUCCUGGAGAUCUGGUUCACCACGGCCUGCGUGCCCGAGGCCCUGGCCACCUUCGCCUCGCGGAGCCGACCCAUCUUCUUCACCGGCUGUGCCGCGCAGAUGUACUUCGUCUUCUCGCUGGGCUGCACCGAGUACUUCCUGCUGGCCGCGAUGGCCUACGACCGUUACCUGGCCAUCUGCCUGCCACUGCGCUAGGGUGGCAUCAUGACGCUCGACCUCUCCGCGCGCCUCGCCCUGGGCGCCUGGCUGUGCGGCUUCUCCGCCAUCGCCGCACCCGCGGCCCUCAUCGCUCGCCUCUCCUUCUGCGGCUCGCGCGUCAUCAACCACUUCUUCUGCGACAUCGCACCCUGGGUCGUGCUGUCCUGCGGCGGCACGCGGGUGGUGGAGCUGGCGUCCUUCGGCAUCGCCUUCUGUGUCAUCCUGGGCUCCUGCUUCAUCACGCUCAUCUCCUACGCUUACAUCAUCGCCGCCAUCGUCAGGAUCCCCUCGGCGCAGGGCCGGCACAGGGCCUUCCACACCUGCUCCUCCCACCUCACGGUGGUCCUCAUCUGGUAUGGCUCCACCGUCUUCCUGCACGUGAAGACCUCGGCGGAGAGCUCGCUGGAGCUGACCAAGGCCGUGACGGUGCUCAACACCAUCGUCACCCCAGUGCUGAACCCCUUCAUAUACACCCUGCGGAAGAGGGACGUCAAGGAGGCUCUGCGAAGGUGGGUGCAGGGGAACUGA